AUGGCUUCGGUAGGAACCGAGCCUACUGGUACAGCCGUGGAUAAGACGGCAUCCACAAAGAAAGAUGGUCUCGAUCCAACAAGCAAUGGGGAAGAGAAGCCAGAUGGAGACAGAGAGGCAGCAGAGAGACUGACCUCUUCUCCUGAAGUGGAAGCGAUGGUCAACGGAACCGAACGUGACGACGUGAGGCACAAGAACCUGAUGACAAGCAACAAUAAGUCUGUAACGCUGGUAAAUGAAAACGGCACAUCAGACGUGGAGCCGCUGCAUGGCUCCCAUGCUGGAAGCAAUGGAUUAAUUCUGGUCAACCAGCAGCAGCAGGACAACAGCGCUGCAGUGACACAGGGUCUGGCAGUUACCCCUCAUAGGACUAACUGGAAGCCCUCAGGCUUAGCGACAGGCGCACACAGAGCCACACCGCUCCCUGCCUCGGCAGCAGGGUGCUCAACGAGUUCAGGUGCUUUAAGGACUGCCCCCAGUACAGGGACUGUGUCGGGACAGGGGACAUCAGAUGCUAAGAAUGGCACAGUUUCAUGUCCUGUCCCAACUUCAGCGCCAGUUACAAUACACAGAGCACGCAAGACCAUGUCCAGACCUGCUGUCAGCCCAGCACAAAAGCUUCUUAACAGGGAAUUAAGAGAAGCAAAAAGUGCCAAAAUCGACACUCAGGUUGUGUCUGAUGUGCAGAAAACCUCUCAGCCGUCAUCUGCUCAGAACCAUCUACCUCAGAAUCCGCCAGAUACGCCAGCAUCAACACAGACUGCUUCAACAGCCUCACCAGCAGCUCAGACAGAGCUGGCAGUUCCUUCAGCUCCUCCAGCACUUGCCAAACUCCAAUUAGUAGGGUCAUACUCAGCGGGUUAUGUGUCCCGUAAGAAGAAGAGGAGGAUGGGGACGUACAGCCUGGUUCCCAGGAAGAAACCCAAAGUCCUUAAGCAGAGAACUGUGUUGGAGAUGUUUAAGGGGCAACAGCAGUCUGUCAAGAGCCCACAGACAAAAGAAGUUACAAGCAUAAAUGGGGAAAAGGUGGGUAAUGCGUCUGAGGAGGAAGAGUCAGAAGAUCUGGAGUCUGAGGAGGAAGAACAACAACAGCAGCAGCCAGUGGGGGAACCUGUUUCUGCUAUUCAGGAAGCAACCGAACCAUCUGAUCAGGUGAGAGAUGAGCAAGAAGAAUCGGAAGAAUCUGGUGAAGAGGAGGAGGGUACAGAGUCGGACUUGAGCACUGAGUCUAGUUUAAAGAAGACGAUGAAAAAAAAAACUAAAGCAGACAGUGCCUGGCUCAAACCUUCCAGGAAGAGAAAAAGAAGGAUGAAGGCCAAAGUUUUACGCUCAGAAACGGAGGCAGUAGGUCAGCCCCAGGUUUCAGCUCAUGUUUCUGUACACGAUGAAAGGGGAUACACACACCUUCUUCCGUCCGAGUCCAUAAACCUCAGCAAGACGCCACACAACAAAGAUUCUUUGGGGUCAACGGUUGAGGAGGCUCAGGAACUUCCGCUCUGCAGCUGCCGCAUGGAGACCCCCAAGAGUCGAGAGAUUCUCAUACUGGCUGACAGGAAGUGCAUGGCCACAGAGAGUGUUGAUGGACAGUUAACCCGCUGCCAAAGUGCCGUACUCAAACACGAAAUGAUGCGCCCCUCAAACUCUGUUCAGUUGCUUGUUCUGUGUGAAGACCACCGCAGCAGCAUUGUUAAACACCAGUGCUGUCCCGGCUGUGGCUUCUUCUGUAGAGCAGGAACCUUCAUGGAAUGCCAGCCAGAUGUCAAUGUCUCUCACCGUUUCCAUCGGGCAUGUGCUUCUAUGCUGCAAGGUCAAAGCUUCUGUCCCCAUUGUGGAGAAGAGACCAGCAAGGCCAAGGAAGUCACCAUAGCCAAGGCCGACACCACCUCCACCGUGCCCCCAGCUCUCAUACACUGGCCUGUCACACCUGUAGCUCCCGAGGGCCGAGCUGACACCACCACUGGAAGCUCCUCUUGUUUGACUCUGUGCACUGAGACCACUGGCCAAGCUGACAGUUCACUCUCCAUACGUUCUGCUCCUGGACUCGACAUCUCAGAUGGUCCUGGGUUUUCCCGGGAUGUCUCCCUGCACAUUGGGGUGGGUACGAAUGUCCCCCCUGCUCUCCCUCCUGGACCACCGAAAGAAACUCUAGAUAGCAUCUUGGUGGCUCUUGACAUGGAGAAGCCCAAAAAGCUGCGGUUUCACCCCAAGCAACUUUACCUCUCUGCCAAGCAGGGAGAACUAAAAAAGGUCUUGCUUAUGUUGGUGGAUGGAAUUGACCCAAAUUUUAAGAUGGACUCUCAGAAUAAACGCACACCACUGCAUGCAGCAGCUGAGGGGGGUCACAAAGACAUCUGCCACAUGCUUGUACAAGCUGGAGCAAACUUAGACAUGUGUGAUGAGGAUCAGCGAACUCCACUAAUGGAGGCUUGCGAGAACAAUCACAUGGAAGUGGUUUUGUAUCUGCUGAGAGCUGGAGCUAGUGCCACUCACAAGGAUGCUGAAGGGUUCACAUGUCUCCACCUAGCUGCAAAGUCUGGUCAUUACGAGAUUGUUGAGUACCUUUUGGGCACAGGACUGAUUGAUAUAAACUGCCAGGAUGAUGGAGGCUGGACAGCCAUGAUCUGGGCCACAGAAUAUAAACAUGUCGACCAGGUGAAGCUGCUUCUUUCCAAAGGGGCAGACAUCAGCAUCAGGGAUAAGGAGGAAAACAUUUGCCUUCACUGGGCAGCAUUCUCCGGCAGUGUGGAAAUUGCUGAGCUGCUGCUGAAUGCCAACUGCAAUCUGCAAGUGGUCAACAUCCAUGGAGACUCUCCUCUGCACAUUGCUGCGAGGGAGAAUCGCCUGGAUUGCGUCACACUUUUCCUGUCUCGAGGAGCAAAUGUGUUUCUGAAGAACCGGGAGGGAGAAACUCCUCCAGACUGCUGCAGCCACAAUUCCAGGGCUUGGGCUGCCCUGCAGGCCAACAGGAGGGAGAGGGAUGUCAAGAACGCCAGGCUCAGACAAGCAAAAGAAAAGCUUAUUCACAGUGACAUAUCUUUAGGGCAAGAGCGAGUUCCCAUUCCUUGUGUCAACUCUGUGGACAGUGAAUCCUACCCAGAAGACUACAAAUACAUUUCUGAAAACUGUAUCACAUCACCUAUGAAUAUUGACCGGAACAUAACGCACUUACAGUACUGUGUUUGUAAGGAAGACUGUUCUUCAAGUAUCUGCAUGUGUGGACAGCUUAGUCUGCGCUGCUGGUACGACAAGAGCGGCUGUCUACUUCCUGAGUUCUGUCGGGAGGAGCCCCCUCUCAUCUUUGAGUGUAACCACGCCUGCUCCUGUUGGAGGACAUGCAAGAAUCGUGUGGUGCAAAAUGGACUCAGAAUCAGGCUUCAGCUUUUCAGGACCAGUAAAAAAGGGUGGGGAGUCCGGACUCUUCAAGACAUACCGCAGGGGACUUUUGUAUGCGAGUACGUGGGUGAGAUCAUAUCUGAAGCAGAGGCAGAGAUGAGGCAAAAUGAUGCUUACCUGUUCAGUCUAGACGAUAAGCCUCAAGAUCUCUACUGCGUUGAUGCUCGUUUCUAUGGAAACGUCAGCCGCUUCUUAAACCACAUGUGUGAGCCGAACCUGUUUGCCUGCCGCGUGUUCACAACGCACCAGGACCUCCGUUUCCCACACAUUGCCUUCUUUGCAAGUGAAAAUAUCAAGGCUGGAGAAGAGCUUGGAUUCAACUAUGGUGAACACUUCUGGGAAGUCAAAAGCAAGCUGUUGAGUUGUGAGUGCGGCUCCUCUAAGUGUAGAUACUCCUCGGUGGCUAUGACGUCCUUGCAGGCAGACAGCACACCGGAAAACCAGCAGCAGCCCAGUGCAUCGCCUGACACCAGCUCUUCCAACAGCUCUUCCAACAGUCCCUCUAGUCCUUCCUAAACCCCCACCCCAACCAAAACUAACCCCAGUCACGCCUACACAUGACAGACCGGGGAAUCCGUUUUCUUUAUGAACCUUGAACUUGUGAACUUGUACUGUAUCCCUACUUUUUCAUUUAAACAAAGGACCACCCACCUUCAUGACAACUUGUAAAACUUUAUUACACCAAAACGGAUGCACAGUCCAGUCCUGGAAGAUCUUACUGAUCCAUAUUUCCACCAUUUGGAACAUGAACUACAUGUUACUUUAUGGACAGCAAACACCACAGAGACAAUAAAAGACACACCUUUCUCUCACACCUUUAUUCAGAUGGAGAACUGUGUACUUUGUCUUCUUCUGUUUUUUACAAAACAAAUAGUUGACAUUGUCGUGAUUCUAGAAUUUGGGAUAUUGUCCAAACUCUUAAGAUGACUUAAGCGCACAACUGGGUGUCACUGUUUCGACCAUGGCGGUCAUUUACCUUGAACCAUUCCAGCAAAAUGAGCUGAUCACCGUGGAACAUGAUGCCACUUUUACAUGUCACGUAAACCUUGUCAUAGUGUUUGAAAGACCAUUGUGUAUGUCUUUCUUUAUUCAACACAGCUGAAAAUCCAUAAAAAAAACAAUAAACUCAGUUAAAUACAAUGAAAUGGUUGAAAAAGAGUGCAACUAAGAUCAGAAUUAAGAUUGUUUAGAAAAAAGACACUGAACCAUACCUCAGAAAUUAGGUCUUUCUAGUCUGAAUAAAUUGACUGACCUUUUUAUCAAAGACGUUUAAGGGGCUUGACCGUGUCAGUUUUUGCCACAUUUUUGAAGCAUUUAAACUGAAAAUGAUCUAACAAAAAAAGAGAAAAUGGUGCUGAUAAAGGUUUUAACUUUUAUUUUCAUUUUUAUGACCCAGGUGAACAUAGUUUGUAAAAUAAGAGGAUGUUUUUAUGUUUUUUAUGUUUAAUUUUAUCUCCAGUUUUCUAAUCGUAGUCAUCAUAGCUAGAUUUUACUUUUCUUUCGUGAUUUUGCUGACAGAAGCCUAUCUGUCCUUUAGAAUGUUGAAAGGAAAGCAGUGAUUGUUCUGCGGAGUUUUGAAAGACAUAAUUGAAAAAAAUGGUGAUUAAACAAUGCACUUCCAUUAAGUUCUGUUACAUAUUACUGGACCGUGAACCAUCCGUCUGAUUGGUUGUAUCUUUUUCAAUAAAUUUAAUACUAUAAUGCAUUGAUCCUGGGGAACUUUGCUCAUUGUAGUCUGCAGGAGGGUAAACCUGAUAGCUCUUUAA